GUUCUACACCUUGGAAAAGAAUUCCCCCAUUGACGACUGGAUCAUGGAGACCAUCAGUGGAGACCGACUUACACAUCAAAUUAUGGAGCUGAAUCUGGAUACAGUAUAUUACUUCAGAAUACAAGCUCGAAAUGCCAAAGGAGUGGGACCUCUGUCUGACCCUAUCCUCUUCCGGACUCUUAAAGUGGAACAUCCUGACAAAAUGGCUAAUGAUCAAGGUCGUCAUGGAGAUGGAGCCUAUUGGCCCGUUGACACUAAUUUGAUUGACAGGAGCAGCCUCAAUGAGCCCCCCAUUGGACAGAUGCACCCUCCGCAUGGAAGUGUAACCCCUCAGAAGAACAGCAAUCUUCUCGUCGUUAUUGUUGUGACUGUCGGGGUCAUCACUAUCAUUGUGGUGGUGAUUGUGGCUGUGAUUUGUACAAGGCGUUCAUCAGCACAGCAACGAAAGAUUUUUGAUAAAGUUUCAACCAGACUAUCCAGUACGACCACUGUUUCCCAAUAUCAGCAAUUUUAA